CGGCGCCGGGGUUUAUGUCGAGGAUGUCGCAUCCUCUGUGGAUUUCGAGGCUUUUCCCGUAGUACUUCAAGACGUCGUAAUCUGGGUUCUCGCGUAGCGAGUGGUGGCAGUCUUCCGCCUCGAUUUGACUCCCUGUCUUUCUCUCCGGUCGCGAGCCUCUUCUGUGAUUGGAUUGACCUUCUCAUGCAAUUUGAGCGACAGCGGAUACUUUUCCGUCGUCCUCAGCGUCUCAGUAUUCCAAUGCAUUUUUAUGCCCGUCCGCGUGUUCCUCGAUCCAUCUGUGAGCAGCCUGACCGUCGUGGCCGCCUUUCCAGGAACUAUUCUCGACCUCGUAGGAACUAAGUUUAGGGGCGGCAACGAUGGGCGCACCAUCGAUUUGCGGAUCAUGAGGGCGGGUGGUGAGUGUCGCUGCACAAUAAAUGGCAACGCGCUCGUUCAUCGCGGAGAAGCCGGGACUAAGCCCCUUUCGGAACAGCGUAUCCUUCCUUCCAUCUGCAAUGCGUCUACGAUGAAGCAGGACUCGCCUAAGGAAGGUCUGACAUCAAUUGCUGAACGAGUUGAGGCACUCCAUUGAUCUAGGAGCGCUGGAUCAGGAAGGAAGGCUUCGCCUACUCCACCCACCAUGGCGCCAGCCAAAACGCACUUCCUCUA